AUGAUGAUUAGGGUGAUGAAGAUGAAGAUGAUUAUGAAAAUGAUGAAGAUGAUUGUGAAGAUGAUGAAGACGAAGAAGAUGAAGAUGAUUACGAAGAUGAAGAAGAUUAAGAAGAGGGGGAAGACGAAGAAGAUUAAGAUGAUGAUGAAGACGAAGAAGAUGAAGAUGAUUAUGAAAAUGAUGAAAACGAAGAAGGUGAUUACGAAAAUGAUGAAGACGAAGAAGACGAUGAUGAUUUUGAAGAUGAUGAAGACGACGAAGAUGAAGAUGAUGAAGACGAAGAAGAUGAAGGUGAUGAAGACGAAGAAGAAGAAGAAGAAAAUUAAGAAGAUGAUGAGAACGAAGAAGACGAAGAAGAUGAGAAAAAAUUAA